GUUAAAGAGGGAAAUUCUGCAAGAAAAAUGGAUGUGUUGUAUCCGUGUGUUUGUGUGUGUGAUCUGUCUGCCAGGUUGCGGGCAGGGCUGUGUGACCGCUGCAUCGUGACGCAGGAUAUGGCCAAGAGGAAGCAGCAGCAGUAUGAGGCGACUCGGCUUCAGAGCCUCCAGCACUUCACCUCUAUGGCGAGUGAGAUGGCCACACUGAGAAGGGACAACAAGCGACUGUCCGAGGAAGUAAAGAGUCUGAGGAAUCACAAUGGCUGCUCAACUGAAACCGCAUCCCCAGAGGUCAAACCGUUGCUUGCAGCAGUCUCCCCAGUGGCUCUGCUGAGUCCUGCCCAGAAAUCUACUGCUUCACCAGCAGGGGGCACUGUCCAAACCUCUGAGACAGGGCACAGUGGACUCUACAUGACUAACGAGAACAGGCCUGUGGAUGGAGUGAGCCAGCAGCAGGGUUUUGAGUUGAGCAAGCACAACACCCCUCCUCUCUCUCAGCCUUCGCCCCUCACGGCAGCCUGGAGGACCGUGCAGAACAUCGGACGAGACCCCCCGGCUCCAGGGAGAAGAACCAAAAGCAUGGAGAUGUCAGAAAGCUCGCCCCUCUUCCCAGCCUCAAUGCUGUUACUGAAGAACAACCCCUAUUCCUCCUCUCCUGCUGCACCGGAGGAAAAACAGGGAUCCUCAAAGGUCCAUGCUCCAAUCCCGUGUCGACCACAACCCAUCAAGACCCACAACUUUCCCCACCCCUGGCUCCUGCCUGAUAACCCUGACUGGGUGACCAUGUCCGUCAUAGCCGAAGGGGGCACGGUGAUCCACCACAACCCCAGCAUGUUGCCGUCACCAGCCAUAAACCCCAGUACACACUGCCAAAGCACCCAGGAAAGGGUUCGCAGAGCACAGAAACUCUGGGCUCAACUAAGCCCUGUAGUGAAAGCUAGUGGAGGCCCCCUGCAGAGCCUGGCAGAGCAGGUUGAUGGGGUUCGAAAUUUGGAAGAGCAUGUGAGGUCCACAGCGGCCUCAGCCUCAGCCUCAGCCUCAGCCUCAGCCUCAGCCUCAGCCUCAGCCUCAGCUGCAGUCUCUGCCUGCCAGAGCUGGAAGGCUGCUGGCGCUGAAGACACAGUGCCUCAUGAGGGCACGGACAAUGACGCCCCUUUAGACCUGUCAGAGUCAGGCCGUGACAAAGCUAUCAAAACCCCUCCUGAGGCUCCAGUCAAAACGACUCCUGCGGACUCACCCUUCUCCUCCUCUUCGUCAUCACCGCAUGCGCCAUCCUCAUCAUCGAUGGAGUCCUCUGGCUCUCAGAGUGAACUGAAGAUUACAUGGCAGGAUGACGCUGAUGAGGGAGUGCAGGCCGCAGAGCAAAGCAGGAAUGACAAAACUAUAGACCUCACAACUAGCCCAGGGAACCCAAAAGUGCCUGCAUUCACCAUCUCUCUCCGUCCAGUGGUGGUCUUGGAGAACAUGAAAAAAAGGCGUUCUGGACAGAACUCCGGUGACAUCUGGGUGACAUCGCAGCAGAAGGAGUACGAAGAAUAUGAAGAUGAGGCCCAAAACGAAGAACAACAAAGAAACCAGAGAAAAAGGAUAAGACAGGAGAAAGAGUCUCUGCAGCCAACCAGCCUUAUGGUGAAGCGUACAAGGACUGGUGGGAGGCUGAGGGACAGAAGCCCAGGUGACACAGACCAAGGAUGUCCACUCCCUACUGGCGUGCAAUGAGACUGAACGAGGACAGGAGGACCGAAGACUUUGAGACCGUGGGAAUAAUGCUGAAGGCUUUCCAGAUAAUGUUGAGUCAGUCACCGACAAAAACUUUGGCAUCAAAAGAACAAAGAUCUAAAUCUCAAAAAAUGUCAACUUCAAUGCCACUAGCUGUCAAACUACUUUUGGAUAGAAUAUCAUAAGCUGUAUAUAGGUCAAGCCACUUUUUUGUAUUUUAGUUGACUAGCUAAUAGCUAAACCUCUACAUAGUUUGCUCUUUUAGACAAAUGAUAUAUUGCACAGAUUUCCUGGCACCCUAUAGCCUUUUGUCUCAGCAGGCCAAACAGGAAGUGAGUGGCCAUUGUCCUUCCUGGUCCUGAGGGCGAUGAGUAAAAUAAUACCAGACAUGACCACUUCCGCCUCACGUUUUUCUCUUAAAGUCUCUGGAUCUGCUUUCUGUCGCUUUUCUGUGGCAAGGUCCUUCUAAAAGACCUUCUAAAAGACAGUCAGUCCCUUUCGUUUCAUUUCACAGCAUUUCCUUUCCAUUUUUGCCAUUUUUCUGUUUGUCUUUUGUCCCCCUUCAUUCUACAUGGGUUCAUUAUUCUGCGCAGCGGACAGUCAAAGUUUCAAAUAAAAGUUUCACUUUCUGGCAAAAGUGCUACUGUACUUCCAGUUAUCAGCUAUUUUUAAAUCCAUCAGAGCAGUGUGGGGUAGAGAGAGAGAGAGAGUGAGGGUUGGUGGGGGGGGGGCUUAGAGUAAGGGGAAGGGGAGGGGAAGCUUCCUCUUUUUGGUUGUGUGACGACAACACCUUUUGCAAUAAUGAAUUUUCCACUGACACUGGCUUUUUUUUGGUACUUUUUUUUUUUCUAAAGAAAGGGUGUUAGGGAGCGGGUGAUACUGUACAACAUGAACGUGAAAAGGGAAGAGCCCUCUCUGCCCUUGUGAGAUCCUCGCUCAGCCACUGCCAAACCCACCAUGAAACACUUGCUUCCUGUGUAAGAUACCCUGCCAGUGGGUGCCGCAGAUAUGAAGAGCCCGGUACAGCUGCUGUGCCAUACAUCCUGUACCCCCCGUGCAGCAAUUAAUAUGACUCUUCAGCUUCUCCCCCCUCACAACAGGAUGUGAGUGAAAUAAAGGACACGUUUGGUUCUCCUGUCCCCUGAAUGUCGGACUGUGAUGUUAUGCAAAAGACGGAGCCAUGUGGAAACCCCUUCCUGUGACGUGGCCCCUAAUUGGAAAGCCCACGCUCCACAUGCAUGACUGUAUCACAGCAACACACUGUUUGUUCAAUGGCAAUUCCUAAUCUCCCAUGCAUAAUCAUCAUGCUUUUUUUGUGAUUCUUCCAAGUUCAACUUGUGUUGUAUCUGACUGAUAUGUCCUGCUCUUUUCAGAAAAUAUAUUACUGGAUCAAUUCCUGUUGUACCCUAAAUGUGUAUGCUAUGUUACAGUACAGUAGACGUACUAAUGUGUUUCUAACUAUCUUUUUUUCAAUAUUUUAUUUACAGC